AUGGAAUUGGAGGCAUCUAUUGAUGGUCUUCAAUAUCUGAUUGAAUUAGGAUUAGUUGAUAAGAAAUUAAAGCCUAUAUCACUUAAAAAAUAAGGGUAACCUACCGAACCAUUAGAAGUUAUGAAUGACUAUAUUCAAAGACCUCUAACUAUUUAAAAUCCAAAUGAGGUAAAAAUCAUAGUAUUUCACGAAGUAGACUAAUUAAAUGAAUAUCCAUCUCCAUUUAAUAAUGACUAUCUUGGAAUCCUAAAUAAUGAAGACCUAUCAUAGCUGCUACCAGAAUAUUAAAUAUUCAUUCAAAAAUCAUAAUUAUAGAAGAAUCAGGAACUAUUAAAACCAAGAUAUGAAGCACUCUAAAAUUUAAUUGCAUAAAGACCCGAAAAGUAUCUUAAUUUGAAAUCUGGUUUAAAAUAAUAAACAAAUUAGGACUAUUUAUAAUAACAUUAGCAAUUUAUUACUGAAACAACAAACAAGCAAUGGAAAAUGUCCCAAUAUAAGUUUAAAGUUCCUGAUAAAUAUUAAGCUGAUACUACUUAAUUUUACUAAAUCUUGAAAUUCUAUCACAGCUUCAUGUAUUUCUUUGUUAACUGCAUAGAUCUAAAGUUUUAUGAAGGAAUACUCUUAAACAAAUUCAGCUUUAAUGAUUGCAUUUUCUAUGUGACAAAAAGACUUCAGAAUAUAUUUUUAAGACCUGAGUUUAACUCAAACUAAAGAAGUCAAUAAAUCUACGGAAAAUAUUUCAUAGAUCCUAUUCAUCCUCUAUAAAUCUCUUAAUUCAUUCACGAAAACAAGUUGAAGAAUGAUUAAAGUUCUAAUGAGAUCAAGGAUUAAUAUGCUAAAGAUCUGCAGAAGUUCAACUCCAAAAGAUAUCUAACGAUAUAAUAGUACUAUGCUGAAUUGUAAGGCUGCUUUACAUCUAGAGCCACUAGUCCAUAUAAUUUAAAAGUGUUAGGCCUAAAAUACUUCAUAGAUCUCUUCCCUAAAUUUGAAGGUAAAUUUAAAGAGGAUAAAUUAGACAUUAAACAUAUAGAUAUACCUUCUGAAUUGCUAAUAAUGACUCCAAUAACUACUAAUCAGUACCUAGUAAUGUAUGAAAAACUUAAGACGCAGUUAUAUAAAAAAUCUGCUAAAGUUACUUAAUCCUUAGUGGCUACGAGCGUGAGAAUAUUUAAUCAUCAGGUUUAUGAGAAACUUGGUGAUAAUAUAUUAUCAACUCUACUUUACAUUGACUUAUUCGAUGAUAAUAAUCAACUUGAGAGUCAUGUUUUAGAUUCAAAAAGAAAAGAACUUGUUUCAAAUGAAAAUUUUAGAGAAAAGAGUAUUGAUAAGAAAAAUCAACUCUAUAAAUAUCUGAUCUUUGACUUUAAUAAUUUCAAUAUGAUUGUACCACCUGAACUUGAGAAGAUAAACUACCCAAAAUAUAUUAAGAAUAAGACUUAAAUUGAUUUUAAGUCGAGAGGUUACUACAAUUAAUAUCAAUCCUAUUUGAAUUAAAAUAUCUACCAAACUAAUUAAGAUUAUAAAAGCCAGCAAUUACAAGGUAUGAUAGUUCAGUAAAUAGAAGAUUUGAACUUCAUAAUCAGGCUAAUGAUAUAGAUUCCAGAUCUUAAAAAAUCCUUAGACCCGAGAUAUUGGAAGCUCUUUAAAAAUGUAUUAUCGUAGAGACAAGACGCUUUCUUUUAUACAGAUUAAGAUGAAUCUCCUAUUGAGCAUCCUGAGGAGCUAAAGGAAUUUGAUAAUAUUCAAGAAAUCUCAAUAGCUAGAUAUCUUGAAGAAAGAUUAUCUUUUGUUAAUGCUGUUAAGAAGUCUGAGUAAAAGAAAAGGCAUAAAUAAAGAUAAGAAGAAGAAAAGAAGAAGAAAGAUGCGAAUAAAAAAGUCAUAAACAACUAUGAUAUAGAUUAAAAUGACAAGAUGAUCAUGAGAAUAGAUCCAAGUGAUAAAAAGAUAUCAGAUCAAAUCGAGGCUAUCAUUGGAAUGGCGGAGGAUUUAUAUGGUAUAUUGAUGGCUCACAUUUUGACCACAAAAUUUGACUUAUUUAGCAGUAAAGAUAGACAUAAAGAUUAGAAUUUCAACAAUGAUCUUGAAUACAUUGAGUGGAAGUAAAAGAGAUAGGUAAUUAACAUCAAUCAAAUGAAGAAUAGAAUACCUCAAGAGGUGGUAAAAAAACUGUAUUAAGAGAAAAAAACAUAAUUUGACUUUAUUAAGAACUACAUUUUGGAUCUGGUGAGAAAUGAUACAAAAUAGCCUGAUUUAGAGAGUGAGAAAUUAAGAUAGCUAUUACAAUAAGAUUAGGAUUACUUAAAGUUAGGAGAAGAAUAAUUAAAUUUUGAUAUCUAAUCAAGAAUACAAAACAAUUUCGACAGUUUCUUAGUGCAAGCUUGCGUCAAUCAGACAUAUCUAGAGCAAAUAAAAGACAAAAAAGAACAACAACAAUUAAUAGAUAACAGCUGGAUGGAAAAACUGGGAGAGUCAUUAAUCAACUACCACACAAUGAAAAGAUUCUGUCAUUUUGAAAAAAAAAUUGAUCCGUAGAUUCUUCAUGACAGAAAGAGCGAAGUCAACAGUUUCUUGUUCUUGGAGUUAGUUGGAGUUUACCUUUAACUAGAUAAGGUACUCUUCUAUGAUAAAGGUAAGUACAGUACUAAAGAUGUUGCUAAGUUUAUAGGCUUAGCCUAAGACUACUUAAGCAUAAAUGAGCUUCAUCCUUAUCACAAGCCAGUUAUUAAAAGUAUUAGUAUCAUUCAAAGAGAUCAGUCAGGGAUUAAUAUAAGCAGGAUAUCAGGGUUAUCAUCGUUUUUGGAUGACUCUCAGCUAGUCAAAGAGAGUUUCAAUACCGAUGCAUAUACUGAGGAUAGAACUGCAAAUGAUUCUACCCUUGAAUCCCUUGAACAAUCUAAAUUCAAUUUUGAUGAUACUUUCAUGACUUAGAAAUCUUCAUAAAUUAAGUACUAAAGCAGUUACGAAACUUUAACUAAUGAGUCUCAAAAAGUAUUCUACCAACUAAACCAAUCUUACAAUCCUAAGAUAUUUGGAAGAUGCUUUAGAAAGAUUAUUGGGGCAAUAUUUUUAUCUACUUAAAGCAUUUAUGCGACUUGUGCAAUUCUUGAGAAGAUAUUAGGUCCUAUUCUAGAUGUAAUUGGUCAUGACUUCAGAGAUAAUCAUCAUAGAAUGAGAUGCUAUGAUUUCAUCAAGGAAUCGAGCCAACUUAACUAAUAUAACCUCUCACAUACUAUGGUAUCUGAAACUCAGCAGAUUAUAAUUAAAGGAUUCCUAAGAGAUGUAAAAAACACUAUGCCUGAGGUACUCAUAUUUGAGCGAAUAUUCCAGUUGAAUGAGCCUAAUAAGGUAAAGACUUUUUAUAAGGAAUUAGUACCCAGAAUAGAAAAACUUAAGACAGUUAAUAUCUAAGACCCAGUAGCUCUUGAAAAAGCAUUAGGAGAAACAAGAGAUGCACCGAAUUAGAAGUCAGCUAGCAAGCCUAUGAAUAAGAGCAAAAAAUGA